CCUUUCAAAAAACAGCGCGGGGGGGGGGCAGUUUCUAAGAUUGUUGAAGAUAAGUUUAGCAGAAAACUGCUGCUUAGUCGUGUUAUCAUGCACAGCAAGUCUGCUUUUUACCUGCCGUGAAUAAAAGUGUUGCAACGAAGGUCUUUGAAUAACGCGUUUUCUACAGCUGUCGACAUGAAGUGUUUGAAGGUGGAUGAGUAUAUCAAGCGGACGGCUUCUGUGAAAGAGACGGAGCUUUUACUUCAAGAAUUAGAGAAUUAUGUGAAGAGUCAGCCAGGCCUUCAGGGUCGCACACUGUGUGACAGGGUCAUCAGAGCCUGUAACCAUCAACUUGGAGUUGGAUCUCCUGACUUCGACCAUGUCGAUCAGUUGGUACAGCUGGUGGAGCUUUCCAUUCAUGGCUAUGAUAUAUCUGCAGCGCUUGUUGCUCAGAGCAGUCCACUGUACAUGGAAAAGAUAAUUUUCCAUAUUGUGAAGAAGCUAAGCUCCUUAGGAGCUCACAGUCUAUGCAGCCGUGUAGCAGUGUUGCUUUGCAGCAGGCUUAGCCCAGCCCAGCAGGCUGAGGACUACUGUGUUCUUGUGCGUAGCUGCUUCUCAGUUCUCUGGAGCGGACUGUCUGGCACCAAAGACAAGAAAAUCCUGGAUCCCCGUGACAAACUCUGCUGUCAGAUUCAAGCUCUGAGCUUUCUCCUGUUGUUGGACACACAAAAUGCAACUCCCUCGAUAUCCAAAGCUCCCAUAUACACAGAGGAUGCCAUCACAGAGUUUGAGAGUAGCUGUGGAUCCAUAACCAAGGAUGAUGCUUCUUUUCUUCUCCAGGAAAUACACACUCUUUUCAACAGAUUCUGGCCUGGUGUUCGAGGGAGUGAGGGGGAUGGGUCCAAGCAGUCUACUGAGACAUCAAAUUUAUACAUGCUUGCCGAAAUGGUGCUAAUUAUAACGAAGUUGCUUUGUAAGGCUGGCCACUAUGAUUUGGCCUCUAACUUUUUGAAUGAAAUUGAAAGCAAGGUCAGCUGUAUGGCAGUGGUGCUCGGCAAAUGGGCAGUAAAAAUUCAUUCUGCAAUGACAGUUGGUGGGGAGAGUGGCCAGGCUUUGACAAAGUGUGCCAGGGCCUUGAGGUCUCUUUCAGCUGACCUGGGACACCGAGAAGCUCAUGCUGUUCUGGAAGGUUGCGGACUGGUGGUGUGGGCUGUCGAAAGUGGCCAAAGCAAGGGAUUAAGUGGAUCUGUGCUCCUGGCUUGGUUUUCUUUUCUUGAGGAGUAUCAAGAACGGAUAUUAACUGUGCUGAAGAAGAAUUCAACAUGCCAGGCUGAGGGCAGCAGACUGCAACAGGCUCUUUGCGUCAGUAUUUACCAAGGCUUUGUAUUUGCUUAUGAGAGCAUGCUCGCAUCACAGCUGGAGAACAGUGACACAUUGGACAGAGUGCUGCUUUACUGCCAAGCCACAGCUGGACUGAUGAUGACUGAACUGCGUAAACUGUCUAGUGAAAACCUUCUCAUCAAAGCAGUGAUUGCUGUGAGCAACUUAGCUUGUGGAUUGUACAACCGGCGUCUCUAUGGCCAGGCCUUCACGCUAGUUGAGAUCCUCUGCAGGGAUCUAUGCAAGAAUUGCCCUGUCUCUCUCUCUGUUGAUAGGCUGAGCCGACCCUUCAUGCUGGCUGUGCAGACAUCUCGGCGGGCUGGACAACUAGAGCGAGCGCUGGACUGGGUGAUCCUGUGGCUGAAGGCUUUGGGAGACAAAAUAACUACUCAUAUGGCCGAACCGGUCUCUCUGUGGGUGAAAACGAAGACUGACGCAGCCCGUAACUCUGAGGAAGACAUUCGACUCAGGACAUUACAUGAUGGUUUUGGUCCUGACGUUCCUGAUGAAAAAGUAAUGCUUUGCCUUUUGGAAGAGGAGCUUCGUGCCUAUAAGGAGGUGGCAGGGGACACUGCUCAGGAGCGUUACAACACUCUGUGUGAUCUAUUGGACAUCUGCCACGAGGAGAGCUCCCACACCCAUCUGCGUGCGGUCUACCUCUGUGAAAUGGCCCAAGUUGUGUGUUACCAAGAUUUCAGUGAACAGACUGACUGUGCGGCAGUUGAUUUUACCUAUGAAGCUUUACGGCUUCUCGAAGAAGAACCAGAGACUCCAGAAAAUGCCGAUAGACUGAAGGAUGACAAGGCCCAUGCUUUGCUUUGGCUCUAUAUCUGCACUCUUGAGAAGAAUCUUCAGGAGGCCAUUGAAAGGGACAAUAAACAGCGAGAGUUGCGUGAGCAGACACGACGUGUGGCCAAUCCCAUAGGAACCAAUGAUUUUGAUUAUGAAGACAAGCAGAAGACACAAGACAGCAUCCUAGUCUAUGAAGGACUGCAUUUCAACCUGGCUGCAGAGAACAAGUUGUGCAGGCCUUUGGAAAGAGCACUGGAUGAGUGGUCCGCUCUUCUGCAGAGUAAAGGCCUGCCUUCAAUCAGAAACCUCAAACAGACCUGUAGCUCCAUUGCUGUGACUGCAGCUCUCUUCAAGCUCAUGGGAAAGCCUCUGAAGGCUUUGGAAGCUUAUCAACUUGCGAUUGGACUUUCAAGUCAACUUGCUGAUUCCCACGGAUGUGCCAGCUCCCUCUGUCAAUCAGCCAGUAUCCUUCUGGAUAUGGGCACCCCAGAACUGGCUUUGGCCCAGCUCGAACAAGCAGAAAGGUUUCUUACCUCAAAUUCCACCGCUGAUGGACCUUCUUCCCUCUCUAUGCUGGCCAUUCUGUUGAAAGCUCAGUACUGCUACAGCACGGGACAGGUGGACCUUGGGGUGCCGUAUCUGUGUGAGGUGCUUAAAGAAGUGGAUGAGCAGAGGCAGUCGAAGAGCUGGUACCUGCUCCGUGCUCGGACGCUCCAGACCUGCAGCUCGUAUUUGAAUUUGGACACGGUUGCACUGACACAAGCCCAGCGGGGCCACAUCACUCAGCAUGGUAUAAAUAGCCCAGACACUGCCCUGUAUGAAAGUCUGAAGCUUCUCUGCAGCCUGCUAGUAACUUUAGUGGGGAAGGGCUUAUAUGGGGCUAACGGCUGCAGCUCAGACAUGCGCUUCAUCGACCAAGGAGAUAACCUGGUGGUGAAGUGGCAGCUGCUCUCAGAGUUGUUAAACUGCUCUAUGAAGAUGGUGGCUGUGAGGAGCAGCUGUGGAGCCAUCAAUGAUGCAAGGCUCCAAUGCCUAGAAGCUCUCAAACUGGCCAUCAAGCUGCAAGCACUCAGCCAAUGUGCAGAGCUGCUGGUGAUGAAAGCUGAGUUGGAGCUGAUGCAAGGAGAGAGAGCGGAAAGUGGAAUUGAUUUAGACAGAGUCAGAAACCUUCUGGAGCUUUGCACAGAUUUUUCUGAUCAAGUGAAGAAGGCAGACGUGAAAAUCAAACCUAGGAAAGGACGUCCAGCACAGAAAUCUCAGUCUCCCCUUCCUACCUCAGAGGAUGAUUUUAAGGGCGUCCUGAGCACUAGGUGGAUUGCCAAAGAACCUGUAGUGAGAGAACUGACUAGCUCCCCGCCACUCAAAGCUCAGCCUCGCCGCUGGCUCUCCUCCCUUGCCCAUGAAUCUGACUGCCUGUGCCCCUGCUGCUCUGAGCCCUGUCUGGGCCGGGCCACUGCUCGCUGGGCAGCUACACAGGCUGAUCUGGUUCUCCAGCUGGAUCCCAGCGAAGCUAGAGUCAGUUUGAAACUUCAAUGGGCAACAUUAGCCCGCUGUAAAAGUGUCUCUGUCAAACUCGGGGACAAAUUAGCUAAACUCUUCCCUCCCUGUGGCCCUGCCAAAAGCUUUUCUAGACCCUCCCUGAUGCAGGACUUGGUGGGCCGUGUGUACCUUCGCAUGGCGCUUACUGGUUUGGAACCAGGCCUCAACAAGAUCUGUGGUAUAUGGAAAGUACUGGAGGCUGGCUUAGCAUUUGUUGAUUCCACACCCUCUCCUGUGCUAAGACCUGUGAGAGCAGGUCUAAUGGCAACCAAAGCCAUAGUGUCAUUGAUUACCUUGGCUGCCAAAAAGGGCUGCACCCCAGAGGAACUCUUCUCAAAUGCUUGGACUUGGAAUGCACCAAAAGUGGAUAAAGAGCUGAAAUCAGAACAGAAAACAGUGCCUCCCUCAUCCUUGCUUAAGAAACCCAAAGAGUCUAUUAAAAACCCAGAUAUUCCUGACAAAGCAAAGAAGGUCAAAGUUGUCAAGCCCAAGAUUCAAGUGACAAGCUCCUCAGCCAAAGGAAAGGGACUGGUUCCCAUGACACCAGUGAUGGUUAAGUCAAAGGCUUCUGCUAGGGAGCUUAGCUCUUUUGACUUUAACACAGUGGUACCUACUUUGACCUGUACCCCUGUUCAGAGGGUGAAAGCCGCUGGCUCUGUGCAGAAAGCACAGAGGACUGCCACUAAGCUACAGUUUCAUGUGUAUGAAGAGUUGUCUCCAGUACAAGACAAAGCCCAACCUGUGCCUGCAGCUCCCAAACGCACAAAGAAAUCACGUUUCAAGGUGGAGUUUAGUGAUGAGAGUGACACAGAAGCCAACACCCAACCAGAGCCCAAAGAACAGACAGAUGUCCCUAAAAAGCGAACCACCACAAGAAGAGCUGUCCACAACAGUAAAACAGCCCCAGAUCCACCCGCGGAGAAGGUCCCACCCAAGAGGCUGGCCAAGGGUAAGAAGAGCACUGCAGUGCCUCGAGACCCCUCCACUGAGGAUGACGAGACUUUGGUCUGUCAGCCUGCCUCAACAAGAAGAGGAAGAACCAGAAGAGAAUCCUCAAGGGCAGAGGCAGAUUCAGUGGAGGAGCCGGACAAAAUGAGGACAAUUGAGGAGGAAACUACAGAAGUUCUGGACAUAAGCAUUGAGCAGCUUCGGACAUCAGACACUGAUACUGAAGACAGUCUUGCUUCAAGCAAAGAUAUAGACAUAGAUUUUGAGGUGUUGCGGAGGGAUAUGUGUCGCGAUUUGGAGAGAGACGGUCUGUCUGAACUGAGGAGCAGAGGUCAUGCGAGAGACGAUCCACAAACCCACCUGUCUCAUUCAGACACCAGGCCAGAAAAUCUUUCUCUGGAGGAUGUUCAGUCAUUGCUCCGCUCAUCCUGGUUGACACUUCAGCACUUCCCCUCCCCCUCCAUCUACACGACCCUCUGUGCUCUUCUUGCCUUGACCAUGGGACAGCAGGACCCCAUAACUACAGCAAUGCUGCAUGCCCAGUCCUUGGGCCUCACAAGUCGCCACCGCACGAUCAGGCAUUUAGCCAGUUCUCUCAAAAAGCUGAGAAAGGUGUCUAAUGAGCUAGUAGACAAGAUGGAUUCUCUGAGUCUGGAUGAAUCCAAGAACGGCACCGAACAGAGGUUGUCGCAGUUGGAGAACGUCUUCUCUUUCUCAACCGCUGACUCCUCUACUUUCCCCAAGAGCCAAUGUCAAGAAUUUAUCCAACAAAUUCAACACCUUCCCCCAGGGGUGACUGUGUGCGUGAUGUCUGUGCUUGGAGUAAAACCUGGUGAGAUAGGCGACAGCAUCAUACUGUCACGUCUUGAGAAGGGAUCUGUCCCUGUCACCGUUCACAUCCCCACAUCUAAACAGCAGCACCCGAUCAGUUGGCUGGUGCAGGAGAUAGAUAGUAUUCAGGUGGAACAGAAGGUCGUGAGCUGUGUGUCUGAGAAAGCCAAGUGGUGGGAGGGCCGCCGGGCGCUCGACUCUCGUGUUGAGCAACUUUUGACAGAGAUGGAGGGAUUGCUGGGAUGCUGGAGGAGCUUUCUCUUACCCCAUUCAUUGCAUCCUGAGCUCACCAAACAGACCCAGCACCUUUGCAAGUCCUUGUCUGCAAAGGGAGUGACAGUCAGUGAGGAGAUGUUGAAGGCUGUGCUGUCUGCCUCUCCGGUGCUCUCCCAAGAAGACCUUAAAAGAUUUGCUCUGGGAGUUUCUCCACAGUGGGACAUAGAGUGUGACCAGCUUCUCCGUACAGCUGUGUCUCGACUCGCUGACAGAGACGAGCCCCACAGUCACAUGGUUCUCAUCCUGGACAAGUACCUUCAGAAGUUGCCGUGGGAGAGCAUCUCCAUCUUAAGAACUCGCUCUGUCAGCCGGAUGCCUUCCCUGCACUCACUUAUUGGACUGAGCAUUCAGAAAGAGACUGAGUCUCAGUCUAUCCUGAAGCAAGGUGUGGAUACAAGGCAGGUGUUUUAUGUGCUGGACCCUGACGCCAAUUUAGGACACUCUCAAGACCGAUUCAAGGAAUGGUUUAGCAGUAAACCGGACUGGGAGGGUGUGUGUGGAGUUGCUCCUGACUCGGGUCAGCUGGAAGAAGCAGUUGCCAAUAAGGAUCUUUACAUUUACGUGGGACACGGUGCAGGUGCACGGUUCCUAGAUAGUCAGGCUGUCCUGAAGCGGCAGAUGAGAGCAGCCUCUCUACUUUUUGGUUGCAGUAGUGCUGCGCUGGCAGUGCGUGGGGAUCAGGAAGGACAAGGCAUCAUCCUCAAUUACCUCAUAGCAGGAUGCCCCUUUGUUUUGGGAAACCUGUGGGAUGUGACCGAUCGGGAUAUUGAUCGCUUCACUAAAGCCUUGUUGGAGUCCUGGUUAUCCGCUGGGUCUGGAGCUCCCCUCCUGGAUUAUAUGGGUCCAUCACGUCAGGCCACACACUUGAAACACCUCAUAGGAGCUGCACCUGUUGUCUAUGGUUUACCAGUCCACCUGCUGUAGGUGGAAAUUCUUCUAAAAACAGCAUGUAUACAAUCUAUGCAGUAUCUAAGUUUAUUGUUUCAGCACACAAGCUGAAGGAUGUGACUUUAACUUGAAUUUUAAACCUUGUUUUGGUACAAUUAAAGUACUGCAUUUCAUUUUAUUUAAUCCAACGCUUCCAUUUUUAAACCAAUGUUAUGAUAGUGUGAAUGAUUUUAAAUAUCCUGCUUACUUUUAAUAAGUGUUUGAAUGCAUUUAAUGUGUUGAUUGAACAACAGUUUUUGAAUAAAUGUGUUCUCAAGCACA